AUGUAUAAGUUGUUGGCAAAGGUGCUGGCAAACAGGCUUCGAGUGGUGUUGGCGGGGGUGGUUUCGGAGUCUCAGAAUGCUUUUGUAGGUGGCAGGCAAAUCUUCGAUGCGGUCUUGGUAGCCAAUGAGUGUGUGGAUUCAAGGUUGAGGCACGGGAAGGAGGGGAUCAUUUGCAAAUUAGACAUUAAGAAGGCAUAUGACGACGUUAACUGGGAUUUGUGGAUGUAUGUGUUGGAUUGGAUGGGUUUUGGGGCUAAUUGGGGGCGGUGGAUUCGUUAUUGUAUUUUGACUGUGCGGAUGUCUGUUUUGAUCAAUGGUUCUCUAGCAGAAUUCUUUCCUAUGUAUCGAGGCUUGUGGCAAGGAGAUCCUUUAUCUCCGUUGUUGUUCAUUCUGGUUAUGCAGGAUUUGGGUCGUUUGUUGUCCAAGGCAGUUCCUGGCGGUUUGUUAAAGGGAUUUGAGGUGGGUUCGGGUCAUGCGUCUUUGCUGGUUUCACAUCUUUUCUAUGCAAAUGAUGCUUUUAUAUUUUGUGAUGCAGCUGUAGACCAGAUUGGACAUCUUCAGUGUGUGUUGUGUUUUGAGGCCGUGUCAGGAUUGUGGGUUAAUCUUUCAAAGUCUGAAUUGAUUGUGGUUGGGGAGGUGGCAUGGUUGCUGAUUUUGGCAGCAAUUCUGGGGUGUAAAGUGGUGGUGUUGUCGAUAUCGUAUCUUGGUCUUCUUUUGGGAGCCUCUUUCAAGGCUUGUGGGGUAUGGGAUAGAGUGAUAGAAAGGGUGCAACAGAGGUUAGCUAGUUGGAAGCGUCAAUACUUGUCAAAAGGGGGGAGGCUUACCUUGAUCAAGAGUGUCUUGUUGAGUAUCCCGACUUAUUUUAUGUUUGUUCGUGUGAUUUCGGUGGCAGCGGCUAGAAGGAUUGAGAAGCUGCAGCGAGACUUUUUAUGGGGUGCUGAGGGGGUGGUUUCUCAUUCCCAUUUGGUGGCUUGGGAUCGAGUGUGUGUUCCAAAGGAGUUAGGGGGUUUGGGGAUUAGGUGGCUAGUCUGGUUUAAUUUAGCUUUGUUGGGUAAGUGGUUGCGGUGUUUUGUGGGAGAGGGAGCAUUUAUGGAGGAAGGUGGUUGUGGCGAAGUUGGAGUGGGGGAUAGAGUGCGUUUUUGGCGUGAUAGGUGGUGUGGUGAUAUUCCUUUAGACCAGAUGUUCCCGUUGAUUUUUGGGAUUGCUGAAGAUUGUGAGGUCAUGGUGGGGGCUGUUCGGCUUGGCCAGGGACAAGAGUGUGUUUGGAAUGUUCAUUUGCGCUGUUCUGUUCAAGAUUGGGAGGUGGAUCAGCUCGUGGAGCUGCUGGGUUUCUUAUAUGGGUUGCGCAGAGGGGGUGUAGAAGAGGAUUUGUUGGUUUGGUCUUGCUCGGGUUCCAAAGGGCUAUUUUUUGUGUCUUCAUUCUAUGGUGCGCUUGUUUCUGUCGAUACAGAUCUCUUCUCUUGGAAAAUGGAUGGGACAUCAAUUAUACUUUCAGAUAAUGUUGGUCAAUUAUAUAUAUUAAGCACAGGCCAAGGCGAGUCCCAAAAGGAUGCGAAAUAUGAUCAGUUCUUCCUUGGGGACUAUCGUCCCCUUGUCCAAGAUACUCAUGGGAAUGCUCUCGACCAGGAAACUCAACUUGCACCGUAUAGGAGGAAUAUGCAAGAUCUCCUGUGUGAUGCGAGCAUGAUUCCAUACACAGAGCCUUAUCAAAGCAUGUACCAGCAACGGCGGUUAGGAGCUCUGGGAAUUGAGUGGCGCCCAUCUUCUGUAAGAUUUGCUGUUGGGGCAGACGUAACUCUGGACCAAGAUUACCAAAUGCUUCCCAUACCAGACUUGGAUUUAUUGAUUGAUCCACUACCAGAGUUUGUAGAUGCCAUGGAUUGGGAACCAGAAAUCGAUGUGCAAAGUGAAGACACUGAUUCAGAAUAUAAUGUUGCUGAAGAGUUGUCUUCCGGAGGGGAACAAAGAAGCUUAAAUUCUAAUUCAUCUGGUGAUCCAGAGUGCAGUUCAGAAGAAAGUGGGGAUGAGGACACUCAUAACGAUGUCCUCCGCCGAUCAAAAAGGAAAAAGCAGAAGGCAGAAGUUGAGAUCAUGACUUCUUCUGGGAGGCGUGUUAAGAGGAAAAAUUUGGACGAGUAUGAUGGCAAUACACAAAGAAAUAACCAAAGGAGGAAGUCAAGACAUGGCCGAAAAGCUUCAAAGAAGAAAUCUUCUUCAUUGAAAUCAUCGAGACCUCAGAGAGCUGCUGCUCGCAAUGCUCUGACUUUGUUUUCCCGAAUUACUGGAGUGUCUACAGAUGGAGAAGACGAAGAUGGAUCAGAAGGUGAUUCAUCAGAAAGUGAAUCUAUACUGCAGGAUUCAAGCAUCGAUAGUGAAGAAUCUGAUAAAUCUUUGCAACAUAAACAACAUGAGCAUUCAAAAGGGAAAGAAAUAUGUGUGGAUGAGUCUGAGGAUGUGGUUAAAACUCAUGAAUGCUCUGAACCUCCUUUGAAUGCUGGAAACAGGAAGCGAUUGGUCCUGAAAUUGCCAGUUCGUGAUUUAAACAAGUCUGUAUCUGCAGGGAACACAUUUCUCGAAUGUGACAAGAAACCUGUUCUUGUAGGCUCUUCAUCUAAAUUUCCACAGGAAGCUAAUGAAGUAAAUCAGAUUUACUCUCAGGAUCCAGAUUAUUCAUCUGGUGGUCAGAGGGGGGAACAUGCAAAAGUUGAACAUCGUUUAGAGCUGUUUGAAAGAUAUGAUCGAAAAAUUAAAUGGGGAGGGUUCAAGGUCCGUACAUCCAAACGUUUGAAAAUGGGGGAACCCUUGCCAGUAACUGCUUAUGCUGGAUCAAGUUUAUGCCUUCAAGAUCAUGCCAAGAUUGAGAAUGUUGCCAGUGGACACCCAACGCUUGAAAAGGAGUGUGGCAAAAUUUAUUCCAGUUUAGAAACUCAACAGCAUGGUGGUCAGACAGACGAUCUGGUUUGUAUGAACCAGAAACAUGCUGAGAAUGGUUCUACUGAAGAUUUGGAUGGUGGAAGGAAUGGAAUAGAGAACUCUAGCUUCGAUGAACAUGGGGAUUAUGAUGAAUUAGAAAAACAGGACUAUGAGUUUGUUGUUGAUACAACCACAUCUCUCUCCUAUACCAAUGGAAUCGAAAACCCUCCUGAAUUGAAAGAGAACCUGACACCAAUUUCAACAAAGUUUAGGAUAAGGUCAAAAAGGAUUUCAAAGCAUGAUGAAAGUUGUAAGGCGAAAAUUGAAUCUUUCAUGGAAGAUGGGAGAAAUGGUGGAAGUCAUGCUCUAUCCGAAAGCCCAGACAUGAAGCAGAAUCUAAAUUCAGAAGUGCCUGAUUAUGAUGAUGCUGUUGGACCCAGUUCAGAUCAUGGAGUCCAGGAAGGCCUAGUAAAAUCAGUGGCUCAGAUUGAUAGUACUUCCAUGUCUGCCUUGCAAGACUCACAUAAGUCAAAUUCACAUGAUAAGAUGUAUAAUGCUGUUUAUAGAAGGUCAAAGUCUUCUAAGGCUAGAAGUAAUCCAGAAGGUGACAGUGGAGGUGUAGCAAACACUUCAAAUGUGAACAAUCGUAAUCUUGAUGUUGGAGUAGACUUCUCUGAAGCCACACCUAAUGUGGUUCGUCGGACACGGUCCAUGGGGUUGAAGGCAACCACCCAUGAUGCAAAUGCCAUGGGAUGUAACAUCAAAUUGAGGGAAGACGAUGAUGGUUCAAAAGAUGCAUCAGCAAGUGUCCAAAAAUCUUCCAUCAGUGCAUGCAAUGAACGUCCCUAUGAAGAAUGGGCAUCUGGCUCAAGGGUUAGCGUUGGAUUAAGGUCUACAAGAAAUAGGAGAAGCAGUUAUCACAUUCGUGACACUAGUCCACCAGAUCGAAGGACUUCGAAGUCACAUCAACCAGGAAGAAACUCAUGGUUGAUGUUGUCAACACAUGAGGAAGGCUCCCGAUAUAUUCCCCAGCUAGAGGAUGAAGUUGUAUAUUUGAGACAGGGGCAUCUGGAAUAUUUUAGCCAUAGUGGUGAAAAAGAUGUAGGCCCUUGGAAAACAAUAAAGGGAAACGUCAGAGCUGUGGAAUUUUGUAGGGUUAUGGCCCUCAAGUAUUCGACACGUCCUUCUGGGGAAAGCUGCUGUAAAAUGACACUUCUGUUUGUAGAUUCUUCUUCCAGUGUUGAUGGUAAAUCAUUUACAUUGACUCUGCCUGAAGUAAGAGGUUUUCCAGACUUCCUUGUUGAAAGAAGUCGGUACGAUGCUGCUAUCCAGAGGAAUUGGGCUUUUAGGGAUAAAUGCAAAGUCUGGUGGAGAAAUGAAGGAGAGGAAAAUGGGAGUUGGUGGGAAGGUCGGAUUGUUACUGUGAAACCUAAAUCUCCAGAAUUUCCAGACAGUCCAUGGGAAAAGUAUGCUGUUCAGUACAAGAGUGACCCCACUGAAACACUUCUACAUAGUCCUUGGGAGCUUCAUGACUCUGAGACUCAAUGGGAGCCACCUCGCAUCAAUGAUGAGAUCCGAGACAAGUUGCUCUGUUCGUUCGAAGAAUUGGAGGAAUCGGGUUGUGAAGAUCAGGAUCGUUAUGGGAUUCGAAAAAUGAAACAAGUUUCACAGAAGACAAAAUUUGUAAACAGGUUUCCUGUUCCCUUAACACUUGAAGUGAUCCAGUCUAGACUAGAGAACAAUUACUAUCGAAAUUUGGAGGCAAUGAAGCACGACAUCUCGGUGAUGCUAUCAAAUGCUGAAUCAUAUUUUGAAAGAAAAGCAGAUCUUACAACAAAGAUGAGACGCUUAUCAGACUGGUUCACACGGACAUUAUCAUCUUUAUAGGUUACUUGGAUACAAUUUUGUAGAAAAAUCAGCCACUUUGAGGUUGAAUAUUCCCUUCUGUUUUCUUGUAGAUAAUUUGUCUUUAUUUGUUUAUUCAUUUUUUUUUUGCCCUUUUGCUUCAAUACCAGUUUAUACAGUUUAGGGAAUUGGUUUGGGUCCUUAAUCGAGGGUAGGGAGGUAUCUAAAGGAAAAUUAGCUGGUCACUGGGGUAAAACAAUCCGCCAGAAAUUUCAAUUGUGUAUAGACAAGACACAGAAAACAAUGUGAUCAUUACUUGAUAAUGGCAGUCAAAAGUUUAGUCCCUCCUUUUUCUGGCUCAA